AUGCUCAUCGGCCUAUUAAUUGUACUGUGCAUAGUAGCAUCUAAGGUAGCGAUUUUCUACUUCUACAUGCGAAGGAGCAGACACGAAAGCGCAAGCCCGUCACCCAGAAAGCCGCUUAAUGUGCUUGUUUUGAACAGAUACGGGUGUAUUCCAAAGGAGUACAUUAGCAAGCUAUCUAGCAAGUACAAUGUAAAGUUUACAGUACUGGAGGGCCCUGUUAAGUCUGAAGAGUACGAAGAAAACCACAGAGACUUUAUGUCCCAGAUGAACCCCAAAGAUGGAAAAGUGGAAUAUUCAGAAAUAACACAGUUUAUAGAAGAAAACAGGACAAUAUUCCCGGACAUUGUCAUUCUGUGCUCUAAUACAACGGUGUUCAAGACAUCCCUGCCCUAUCUGCUAUACUCUGCAGAGACACUCCACUAUAGACAAGAGUUCUCUGAGAGCGUCCUCAAAAAGGCGCUUGCGCACUACGACAGCUGUGAAAUAAGAGAUGGCAAAUAG